GGCGUCGGUCAAUCACUUGUCACUUUGAGCAAUAUUGAAUUUCAAUUUGCGAUUUACGUGCUAUUUUACCAUUAUUUGAAGCCAAAUACAGUGGGUAGACAAAUUAUUGCAAUGGGCCGAUCGAGGUCGCGUAGUAAAUCACCUAGGCGUCACCACAAAAGUAGCAAACAUUCGCGUAAAAAGAGCCGAUCGAAGGAUCGCUCCACAUCAAGAAGCAGGAGUUCUAAACAUGUUGAAAAAUCUAGAGAACGUAGCUCAAAAUCUCGGAAAAGGUCACACUCUGUAUCAUCAACGACGAGCAGUGAGGGUUCAUAUGAUGGCAGCAGGAGUCACAGAAAGAAAUCGAAAGGACGCAGCAAGAUGGACGAAGUUGACCGCUUAGCAGAAAUGGAAAGACAAAGGAGAGUUAGAGAAGCUGAGCAAAAGGUGGUGGAAGAAGAAGCCGCUAAAAGAAUAGAGUUACUUGUCAAAAAACGUGUUGAAGAAGAGUUAGAGAAACGUAAAGAUGAGAUUGAACAAGAAGUAGCAAAAAGAGUAGAAGAAGCAAAACGUAAAAUGGAAAAGGAGAUGAUGGAAGAGCUCGAGAGACAGCGUGAACAACAGCGGCGCAAGGAAAUGGCUCGACAGGAGGAAGAAGAUCGUAAAAGGAAAGAACUGGAGGAAAUCAUGGCAGAAAAUAAUAAAAAAAUCGAGGAGGCACAGCGUAAGCUGGCGGAAGAGCGGUUAGCAAUGAUAGAAGAACAAAGAAAAAUGGAUGAAGAGAGACAGAAACUCAAAAAGGAACAAGAAAAAAGGGUAAAAGAGGAACAAAAGAAGAUCUUAGGCAAAAACAAUUCAAGACCUAAACUUUCAUUCUCUUUAAAACCAAUGUCAUGAGAAUUGUACAAUUGCAUGAAUCCUAAUGAACUUUGUCAAAGCAAAGAUGUACAAUUUGUUGUUAUUAAUGUAGAAUAUUAUUCAAAUUAUUAUUAUAUUUCAGUUUUUAUGACACUUAGGUGAAAUUUUCCGAAAAUAUAGGUAAAAGUAAAGUACUUCAGUGAUUUAGAAUUGCAUGUUUUUCUCGAUAAUAUUGACCAUGGGCUGAAAUUAGUGUUCCAGCCAUGUUUUCACAAUUCGUUUUAAUGUUAUAUUAUUUGGUAAAUUAAUUAGGCCAUGGUAUAUAAAUUUAUAAUUCCUGCUAGUGUCGCAGCGUCAAGUCUUGCAUUUGGAAAAAAAAGCUAAUUCUGACCAAAAAUGUUCAUUAGAAACGACUGAAACAGCUGUGACGUAAAAUAUAUGCAUUUUAAGAACAAAAUGACAUGAAUAACAUAACUUUCCUGAGUUUUUCUUAACUGUUUGUAGUAGUUUAUUUUAAGUCUCAUUAAAUAAUUUUAAUUCUUGUUCAUUAGAAGACUAAGCUUGUCAACUUGUCCACACCUUCAGUAGGUUUUGCAAGACGAGAAAUAAAUAACAUGAUUGUUAUUUACCCAUAAUACAUUAGUUUAAGUUCUGUAAAUAUGUAUUUGUAAAUUAAGGUAUUUUAGGUGUCAUAAUGUGGUCAGAGGAUAGAUUUUUUAAUAACAGUAUGGUUAGAUGAGGAAUUUUAUAAAAUGUGUGCACCAUUCCCUCUGUAAACCAAUAUGUUGCGUAAUUAAUAGACAUAGUUAGCGUUCGUUUAUCAUUUAUUUUUGUAGAUGUAUAUUUUUACAGUUUUUCGGUAGGUAGGUACGUUCAGCGUCAAAUAGUUCGUGACACCCAAAGUAGCCAAAAUGUUCGCAACACGUUGUUGUUACGAUUGGAAUGAGGUUGGGUUGUCAACUUUUUGGCUGCUGCGCUGACUAUUGUAGGGCAACUCCCUACCAGGUUGUCCGUAUUUCGGCAAUACGACCAGCUCAUCAGGAAGAAGCCUAAAUUAUUUAGAUCCUCACUAAUUCUGUUUUUUCUUAAGAUUAUCUUUCAAUUUUCCGACCCUUUCUGCAGUAAUCUUUAACUUAAAAUCGGUCAAUUAAAAAGUUAUUUGUAGUUAAAACUUGAAAACAUCAACCAUUGCAGUUAAAAUCUAUGGCAUUAUAUUUUUGUGCCUUAAAUGAACGAAAGACGAACAUGUCCCGACUAGGCUCAAAAUAUACUCUUAGUAGUCAAAAAGAAAAUACCUUCUGCC